AUGAACGUUAAACAUUAUUUUGCAGUUGUGAUAUUCUUGAAAAUUUUAAGCUUGGUUAUUGCAGAUUCAUUGCAUAACACGUCGGGAAUUGAUUUAUCUGAGUGUAAGAUAUCUCAACUAGGAAUUGAGUAUAAAGGUUUUAUUAACAUAACUAUUAGUGGAUUUCGUUGCCAAUUAUGGACAGCCGCUCGACUACUUUAUAAAAAGAAUAUAAGUGAUGAAGAUUUUCCGGAGAAAUCUACGGAACUUGCCAAAAAUUAUUGUAGAAAUCCUACCCGAGAUCGAAGAGGUCCUUGGUGUUACACGUUAAAUUCUACAGUAAUUGAUGAGGAAUGCGAUAUUCCUCUUUGUAAUUAUAAAGAAUGUCGAAUGGCUGGAACUGCUAAUGAUUAUAUAGGUACAUUAUCAACGACUCGUUCAGGUCGAACUUGUGCGAAAUGGUUGGAUAAUUAUAAUUUCGAACAGAUACAAAGAUCGAACGUAUCGUUGAAAACAAAAUCUUCUUCUAGAUUUUUAAGAUUGAUUCGCACAAAAUCUCGCUCGAAACGCCAUUUGAUGGCAAAACAAAAUUUAUUGACAUCAUCACAAUUACUUAUGAAACCACCAUCCUCAAAUUUAUCUCAAUCAGGAUUUAAAGUUGACAAACAUAUCAAUUUUGUUGACCAAACAUAUUUAAAUGACAGUCUUUAUCCUGAACUUAGUGUACAAGAUGCUAAUAAUUAUUGUAGAAAUCCUUCGCGCAAUAUUGCUGGCACAUGGUGUUAUACAACGGAUCCAUUGGUACCACAAGAUCUGUGUGAUAUAAGAGAUUGUGAAAAGUCAGAAGAAUGUACAUUUUUCGUGAAGGGACAUGGCAUUGGACGACGAUUAUACGUUUUACCAGAAUAUCGUACAGAAGGCUUACGUUUCUCAUUAAAAACAUGGGAACCUGACCAUCCAGAUUCCAUAACAUUUGUGUUCACUGCUGACGAUGGAUUAAAAUCUCGUUAUAUUCUUAAGAUUGGAGCUUUAGAUAACGAGAAGGUACUUCUGUAUUAUGAAUCAGAAGAAAGGGACAUAAUUUUGGUGAAGAAAAAAACAUUACCACAUUUAUUAUAUCUUGGCAAAUGGAGUAACUUUGUUAUUCGUAUACCUCGAGGACACGUUCUUCUUUAUUAUGAAGGAACAUCAAAUCCGCUGUUUGAAUGGAAACAUCCUGAAUCAUCCAAAGCAUUUUUACCAAUUUAUUAUUAUUAUAAUAGCGAAGAAGGUCAUGCGAUAGGAGUUGCUUUCGAUUGUGCCUUAAGAUGCCAUAUAGAGAACACACAAACCAAUCGUUAUACUAGAAUACUUCCACUAUCAAUAUGGUCUAAAGAAGAAAUAGUCAGACCUAAUAAACUAAUGUUAAUGAUCCGCGCCAAAGGUGUUGUUCUAAUACCGUUAUUUUUAUUGCCUGCAACAUCAGGAUUUUACGUACUUACACUCGGUGAACGAGGUCAGUGGAUAUAUUUUCUGAAAAAUACAUAUCCUAGAGUAAGAAUUUAUCACAAAGGGAACGCACUCAAACCUAUAUUCAAUACAAAUUCCUGGACAAAUGUUACUAUAAAAUGGUCUGAAAAUACGAUUGAAGUAUUUUGCAACAAGACAAACGUGUUUUAUUAUGUGCAUCGUCAACCGCUCAUUUUUUAUUUUUUUUCGCUUGCCGUGGAUCCGAAAGGCUGGGCUACUUGGAGUGCGAAUUGCUUACCAUCAGAUAUCGAUGGACCUCCUUUAGAUGGCGGAUGGUCAGAAUGGGGACCAUGGAUGUGUAGUGCUAGUUGUAACGGUGGUAUAGGAACUAGAAGACGAUAUUGUAAUUCACCGGAACCUAAUGUGCGGGGGGAGCCUUGUACAGGACCCAGCAGCAUGACAGGUCGUUGCAAUACAAUUCUUUGUGGGGACAUAACUGAUGAUACCAUAACUUUAAUAAAAAAAGUUAUCGCAUAUAAUCACACUGCUUUUACUGUGAAGGAAUAUGCAUCAAUAUCACUCCCUUCAGAUUCUAAUAUUGUGAAUACCAUCAGAAUUGAAUCACCUAAUUCUGAAAUACAGUGGUCCCAUAAUGGAAUUUUUAUUCAAAACAAUCAUCACAGAUUGGAAAUUAAAGAUUACGAAAUCAUAAUAAAUAGAGCAGUAUUAAACGAUUCGGGCGUAUAUACGCUUACUGCACAUCGAAUAGAUGGAACAUAUAUGAUAAUUAAGGUGAUAACUUUGGCAGUAGUUCCUAUUAAGGAAAGCAUUACUAUUCGUGAAACUCUACCUAUGCAUGUAACAUGCCACUGUGCUAUCCUCGGUUAUGUAUAUUCUAAUUUGAAAGUUUAUUGGAUGAUCAAUGGUAACGUAUGGAAAGACUAUGGAGUUACAUUGCCUGUAGCUACAAAUGUUGAUUAUGUUCCUACUAUAAAUAAGUCUCAUCAUGGUAUAUGGAAAUGCAUCGUAGAGCAAACUGACUUGAAAUUUAAAUGGACAACAAAUGUAAUUCACGUGAAAGAGAUAGUCAGAUUCUCUCAGCAGAUCCUGCUCGGUUUCUGCCAAUCUGCUGGCAAUGUCAACAAGCGUUCUGUUUAA